CAUACACACAUAACCUGAAACCACUAGGAAAAGUGGAAGAUUGCACUUUUAACCUUAAAGUUAAACUGAAAUCUUGCGUACAGUGGGGCCCAUUUUUCCGGUAAACAUGGGAAAUUCCAGUGAGGAUGACGACGAUAAGCCCACUGGGCCUCUGGAGAAUGCAUGGGAAAUGAAAAUCCCGGGAUUCAAGCCCGAACAUAACCCCCACGGUAUGUUGGAGGAAAGCUCCUUUGCCACCCUGUUUCCCCAAUAUCGGGAGCAGUACCUCAAACAGGUGUGGCCUCUUGUGCAGAAAACUCUGCUGGCUCACAGUGUAAAGGCUGAGCUUGAUUUGGUCGAGGGCAGCAUGACAGUGAAAACCACCAGAAAGACCUGGGACCCCUACAUUAUCAUCAAGGCUAGAGAUAUGAUCAAGCUGAUGGCGAGAAGCGUGCCCUUUGAGCACGCGAAGCGGGUGCUGGAAGACAACGUGGGCUCGGAUAUUAUUAAAAUAGGCACCAUCACCAGGAAUAAAGAGCGAUUUGUCAAGAGACGCCAGCGCCUGAUUGGCCCCAAUGGAUGCACCCUGAAGUCAAUGGAGCUGAUAUCAAAUUGCUACAUUCUUGUGCAAGGCAACACUGUGGCUGCAGUGGGGCCCUACAAAGGGCUUCAGCAGGUUAGGAAAAUCGUUGAGGACACCAUGAGAAACAUCCAUCCGAUGUAUACUCUUAAGGCACUGCUGGUCAAGAAGCAACUGCUGAAGAAUCCUGAGCUUCGCAACGAAAAUUGGGACCGGUUUUUGCCGAAGUACGCCAACAAGAACCUGAGCAAACGCAAGCAGCCGAAGAACAAAAAGGAGAAGAAACCCUACACGCCCUUCCCUCCUCCCCAGUUGGAGCGCAAGGUUGAUAAGGAGAUAGAGACCGGCGAGUACUUCCUGAACAAAGAGCAGCGUAGGGCGAAGAAGAAGAAGGAGCAGGACGAGAAGCAUGCAGAGGCUUCUAAAAGGCGAGAUGAGAAAAGGAGUCAGGCCUUCGUUCCUCCGGAAGAACCCCACGCCUCCACGUCCAAGGAAACAGCUGCGAGUACCAAAGUGGAUAUUGCUGCCAUUAGGGCGAAAAUUAUGAAAGCCAACAAGAAGGCCAAGGCGAAAACAGGGUUCAAGCUAUGAUUUAGGAAAAAUGUGUUUUUUUUGUAUAAUUAUAUGCCUAGGAGGAUU